CUCUCUCUCUCAGUAUAUUUAUCCUUGGAAUAUUUCCACUUUUGAAGAAUAUAUCUCAUCCGGGUAUCCUUCCAAUCUCGUUUUCAUUUGUUUUUCACCUAAAAACGUAUUUGAACGUGUUCUAGUGUCUGUACUUCUUCGUCUUCUUCUUCAUCAUCAUCCGUCCAGAACCAUCAGAUCUCAAUAUAGUAUUAGUAGUAGUAAAAGAAGACGAAGCAGAAACUAACGAGGAUUGAGUUCUAGCAUUUUCUUUUCUUACGUGUGGUGAUCAAAAUCAGGAUUUCAUGCCGCAGUUCUUGAUCGAUUAACCAAUAAACAGAGCCCCGUUUUGUAGUAAGAGAAAUGAAUAUCAGCAGCUCUGAUCUCAUUGAUGCAAAGCUGGAAGAGCAUCAAUUUUGUGGAUCCAAACAGUGUCCCGGUUGUGGCCAUAAACUUGAAGGAAAACCGGAUUGGGUAGGUUUACCAGCAGGAGUCAAAUUUGAUCCAACUGAUCAAGAGCUGAUAGAACAUCUUGAAGCAAAAGUCGAAGCUAAAAACUCAAAUAAAUCUCACCCUUUGAUAGAUGAGUUCAUCCCAACUAUCGAAGGAGAAGAUGGAAUUUGUUAUACUCAUCCUGAAAAACUCCCUGGAGUUACAAGAGAUGGAUUGAGUAGACACUUCUUUCAUCGGCCUUCUAAAGCCUACACCACGGGUACACGAAAAAGGCGAAAAAUCCAAAUGGAAUGUGACAUACAAGGCGGUGAAACACGGUGGCACAAAACAGGCAAGACCCGACCCGUUAUGGUAAACCAAAAGCAAAAGGGAUGCAAGAAAAUCUUGGUGCUCUAUACCAACUUUGGGAAAAACCGAAAACCCGAAAAGACAAAUUGGGUAAUGCAUCAAUAUCAUCUUGGACAACUCGAGGAGGAGAGAGAAGGUGAGCUCGUUGUAUCGAAGAUAUUUUUCCAGACUCAACCAAGGCAAUGUAAUUGGUCCGAAAGAGCUAUGAACAACAACAUUCACAUUGAAGGUGUAAAUAAUAUAUACGAAAAGAAUAAUGUUAGUAGGAGGGAGAGUGGGAGCGGAAGUGGGAGUUGUUCUUCUUCAAAAGAAAUUAAUGUCGCUGGUAAUGCUACUACUGUUACUGCUACUCCUACUGUUGAAACUUAUAGUAACAUGAGAGAUGAGUUUGUUGGUGCGGUUAUGUCGAAUUACAAUCCAAUGGAUCGAAUGCAACAUUUCAAAGGUGUUGAGCAAUUUAGCUUCAUCCCCUAUAGAAAAAGCUUUGGUGAGGUGGGAACGACGACAGGGGAGGGUUCAUUGACGUGCGAUGCACCUAACCUGCAAAGGCAACACCAGCAGCAGCAGAUGAGCCUUGAGAAUCAUCAGCAGCAUUAUCCACAUCAGCACCACGUGGCAGAAACAGCCUACCAUGUCAGCAGGCCAUCUCAUGCCAUGUCAGCAAUCAUCUCUCCUUCUCCCCUACGUCACACUUCCAUUAUUCUUGAUGAUGACUCCUUUCAUGUGUCUAGGAUCAUGGAAAAUUUUCCGCAACAACAUCAUAAGAUAGGAGGAAGAUCAGCAUCAGGAUUGGAGGAACUCAUAAUGGGGUGCACUCCAUCAUCAUCAGCUGAUGUUAAAGAAGAAUGUUCCAUCACAAACCCACAGGAGACAGACUGGUUGAAGUACUCCACCUACUGGCCAGACCCUGAUCACCAUGUCUAGAACCCAACAAAAUACAUAUAUAUAUAUAUAUAUAUAUAUAUAUAUAUAUAUAUAUAUAUAUAUAUAUAUAUAUAUAUAUAUAUAUAUAUAUAUAUAUAUAUAUAUAUAUAUAUAUAUAUAUAUAUAUAAACACAAUCUAGUUAAGACUUUGAUCAAGAAAGCUAUUCAAGAGUAGGAGCAAGGAGACACAAUGCAGUACACACCAUACAGUUCUUUAAGUGAAUAUCGACUUUUUGAAACAAUUGUAUUUAGUUUUCCGUUAUAAAUUAAUUAUAUCUCUUGAUAAAAUAUCAAAAACAAAGACGUACUGCACAAGAAAGGGAGCGAAAAAGAGCAUAUAUAUAUAUAUAUAUAUAUAUAUAUAUAUAUAUAUAUAUAUAUAUAUAUAUGUGUGUGUGUGUGUGUGUGUGUUUGAGAGAGAGAGAGAGAGAGAGAGAGAGAGAGAGAGAGAGAUUUUGAUGAGAGUCAUACUCUGUGUGUGUGAAUAUAAACCUUGACUGAACAGAGAACUAUAAAGCAAUUCAAUGUUGGGAAAGAGAAAAGAAGAAGCCAAAAAUGGAAAGGGAAAAAAGAAAAAGAAAAACCCAAGGGAAAGGCUGCUGUCUACUAACAUCAUUAUGAUUACAGAUAUCGUCUUUAAGCAUAUUGUUUCUUUAUAUUUAAGUUAGUGUAAACUCCAUGUUUAGUCCCCAAGGUUUGAUAAACGUAAUACCUAGUCCACAAUAUUGAUUUCAUUCAAACUGAACCAUUAAGAUCCUCAUGUAUCAUGCACGUGAGGAUAAUAUAGUCUUUUUCCUCAUCUUUCCAAUAUUCACAAUCUGUACACCACCCUAUUCAUUUUA